AUGUCUAGUGCCCGCUGCUUAAACUGGUCCCGACCGCCACCGGGAAGGCAUCCGGCGCUCCGGAAGCAGGUGUCGUGCAGCGUCGAACCGUCGUCGUCCCCGUCGCCAGCGUACUACCCCGCGCCGACGCCCGCCUCGCCGGCAUCGGUAAGCAGUGCCCAAACAGGGCGUCUCGGGCGAACCGCGUCCCUGCCCGGGCCGGAAGACUUCUGCCACCAGUUCCUCGUCACCGGUGCGAUCAUUCACACGAACCGUUUUCAAAAUUAUCACACAUACGAUCAGGCUCGACGAGGCGGCAGUGCUUCCCUGGUGCGGCAGCGGACCAUCGUCUCGGACGCGGCCGGCGGUCAGCUUCGUCGUCCGGCGAGUGCCAGCGUGGGUCAGGCCAGGACCGCCGUGGCCAGUCAGCCGGACCGAAGCCGGGGUGCAGUGCUGUGCAAGCAGCUUUCGCUCGACCAGAGCAUCCUGGUGCAGUCAUCGUUCGCUUCCGGCAUGGCGACCGUUGCCUCCGGUGGUGGUGGUGGUGGCAGUGAACAAGGCGUGGAAGCGGCACUGUUGGUCGGUGAUGUUGGCGAGCGAUCGGCCUGGAGCGGCUUCAACCGGAAGCAGCAGCAACGCGUCGGUGCUGGAAUCAAAACUGAUGCCGAACUCGCGGGAUGCAAAAAGGGACUGAAAACUGGCGGUGGCGGUGGUGGCAAGGAUUCGCGUAUCAACAUUAAAAUCUUCCUCGGCCAAACGGUACAGCAGCAGGACUCGUCCGACACCGGCGUCAGUGACACGGAAGGCACGACUCCCGGCGGGCCAACAAUGCACCAGCACAAUGUUUCGCACGGACCGAAGCCCGCCGGAAUGCCAGCUCCGUCGAACGCGUGCACUGAAAAGUGUUUUCUAGUUCGUUUCCGUGAUUUAGCAUCAACUAAUUUAUCAAGCGUUUCCUCUACGGCAGGUUUGGGGAAAUUGAAACCCACCAACGGUACUUCAACGAGCGCUUCCAACAACGGCCAACCGAGUACGGCUCACGGCGGAACUUCAGCCGGUGGCGUAAGUACGGGCCCGAACGGCAACGGAAACGUUGGUAAUUCUGGUGGACGUAAUUCCUCGCUGGCGCAGCGCCGUGCCCAGUUCCAGGCGAACCGACAGAACUCGGAAGCGCACGACCGACGCCAUCCGCCACUGGUGAGAGCGUUAUCCGCGCCGAUUCGCCCAGCCGACCCGGACACCUCAAAGUUCCUGCAGGGCAAGAAGAAACCACGCCGACGGAAAGUACUUAGAGAAAAAGACGAGUACAACAUCUGUGAAGAGGACGAGUUCAGUGAUGAGGGGGAUAGCAGAACGAGCAAUGGUAGUGGCGGAACUUCGAACUUUAUCGGGGCAGCAGCAGCAGCCGCCGCAGCCGGCAAACCGUUUCCAGCCGGUCUGCCGAUGCGAUCCCGUUCCGUGUUAGGUGGAGCCUGCGACAUCGAGACGCUUGUUUCACUGCUCAGCUCCGGUGGUAGUGAUUCCGAGAAGGAACAGGAAGCGACGCAAGCGUCCUCCCCCGGUACAACCGGCAGCCCUUCGCCGACCACAGGCCCACCUACGUUUCGCCAGCUGCAGCAGCAGCAGCAACAGUUUCCGUCGGCUCACUUCCCUACGAAGGGACGCGCUCCGAUGCUGAAGAAGGCGGGCAAGUCGGUGUCGUUUCAGGAGACCGACCUCAAACCGUCGGUCGCUACGGCCGGACUCAACCGGGACUACCGGAAACCGACGUUCCAGCCGAUGGUGGCCAACCGGUUGCGCCGUACGCAGCAGCUGGUGAGCACGUUGAACGCAUUCCAGCUGAAGGACAAAGACAAGAGUACGGAAAAAGAUGGCGGUGAAGAAAAGCACGACCGAGCGACCAAGGACAAGGACAACUCGAGCGCGGAAAAUCAGACAACAUCGGUGUCCAGCACCGGUGCAAGCAAACCCGAUUCGAACAAAUCCACUUCCACCGGCAGUGCGGCCGCGUCCAACGGUGAUCUGCAGACGCCAAAGGAACAGGAAUGCUACCGACUGUUCCUGAAGAUGUCCAAGAAGGGUCUCGCCGUCUCGUACGACACAAUCCUGCGCGGGAUGCUCACACCGACCGAGCUUCGCGUGCUGCAGAAGAAGAAAAGCCGGGAACAGCGAAACAACGGUGCCGAGGAAAAUGGUGGUGGCGUUCCCGAAGAGUCUUCCCCGGAGAACGGUGCCGAGGGAAUGACCUUCGAAGAGUUGCGAGGAUUGAAGGAGCUUAACUUCGAUCGCAACUCACAACCGCAGGCGCAGGAUGAGCCACUUUUACCGCAGCCAACCUCACCCGACCCGUGCGAUGACAAGGAAAGUGGCACUGAAGACGAAGAAAACACUUCCUAAACCAAUGCAUGCAAUGGCUUGUCGAAGCAUUUUAUAAAUCUUUUACGAACGAACGGUUAAUUUCUAGUUCGAGCGAUUAGGAGGAACUGUGAUAGGAAAGGACCUGCGUGCGUGUGUGGAAUGAUUUGAUGUGAUUUAUCGCUUCUAUGUUUCGUUGGUACUGAACAGAGUUUAAUGGAAUGUUUCAUGUUAAAUUUGGUUGGUUUAUAGAGCAAGAGCAAGAGAGAAAGAAUAUUCGUGCGUACAUAAAAAUUGGUUAUCGACAAUGGUGUUGCAAAGACCGCUAAACCGGUUCUUAAACGGAUUUCGAAAUCAUCAAGUG